ACUCCCUGACACUCCUGGGCAUCUGCUGAGCACUCCACCGUUAGCUAUUAGCUGUGUUUUUGGUUGGAAAAGUGUGAAAUUGAUUGGGACAGAAACGCCACUGUGACAGUUCUGCGUCGCAUUUUCUCGUGGGUGGAAAGUACGCCGCAAAAGUCCGCUGAAAUGAGUGAAAUACCACCUGAACUGGACACCAGUCUGGCGGAUUGUCUGCUGCAGCACCUGACCAAUGGACGGGUGAAGGAGGCGCUGGAGGUGACGGCGGAUAAUCGCUUCCACGCGUGCCUCAAGAGCAACUGCUACGACACCAUUGCUGUGCUGGCGGGCUUCCUCAAAACCGCCACUUUCGAGGCGAAUCCCCAGCUGUACCAAGCCUGCGAGGACAUCCUGAAGACGGUGACGAAUGUGGCGAGUCCGCAGGAGGUGCUCCUGGAGAUCCUGGCCGUCGUGGAGGCUUGCGAGGAUGACAAUCAGUUCAGAAGCGCCCUGAAGUCGCUGCAAGUGUGCAUUUUGCGGCUUCCGGAGAACAAGAUUCUCUCCAUUGAUCACGCUUUCGAGGCUGUGUAUGGAUAUGUGGAGAAGUUGCCGCUGGCAGACGAUUCCCGAGAGCCUUAUGCGGAGGAGAGACAGAAAUUGCUGGAGAACGAGAAGAACACAACGCGCUUCCUCACCAACUAUGUCACUCUGACGCUGUUUCUGGAGCCCAUUAGGGAUGAAUUUCUCAAGAUUCCACUGCUCAAGUCGGCUAAUUUUCCCGUCAACACUCGGCGAGGAGUUCUCCUGAAGUUCCUGAUGAAGUUGCUGGGAAACUCCUUUGCCAGGCUCCAUCUGAAGGCCGAGGAGAAGCCCAUCAACACUUACUCAAGACAGUGCUCGGGAUUCCUGGUGGAUAGCAUCACAGCUCUCCUGGGAGGCGAUCCCUUUUGCAUCCUGCCGUGGAUUGAGGAGCGAUUUCGUUGGCUGAAGCAGAAGGAGGGCAAAAACUGCAGUAUUUUCCUCAGCGACAACAUCAUUCCCACCUCAAGUCUCUUCAUCUUCUUCUACGCUGUGUUUGUGGGCCGGCAAAUCCCCGCCCAAAGCCCUCGGAUCUACUCUCCGGUCUACAUAUUCGAGAUUAUGCUGUACCUCAUCACGCCCUCGCUCGAGAGUGAUCUCGAGGAGGUGAAAAUGAAGGCUGUGGAACUGCUGCAAGUCAUUCUGGCGAAUCUGGAGUUGGAGACUUUGUCCUCCAGUCAACUGGAAUUGCAGAUUCACGCGAAUCUCUGCCUUGGUGUGACGAAUUUGAUGAUUUUCUCAACUUCCGAGGAGAUCCGGAAGACUUCAAUCGCCGCCUUUAAGGGAUAUUUGGUGAAAUUUGACGACGAGGGAAGAUUUUUGAUCAUUGAGAAGCUCUUUGAAAAGUACAGCAGCAAUUCCAGCAAUCUCAGAGGCUUUCUCACGACACAGUUCAAAGACUUCGUGGCGGAAAUUCUGUCCAGGGAUGAGAAUCGCUUUGCGGUUCAGGAGAGAUUCCUGCGCAUCAUGAAGCGACACUUGACCACGCUCAAGGACAAGGAAGCCACGGAUCUCGUCCAGGAGGCGGAAGCGAUCAUCGCCUGUCUCAACACAAUCCGCUUUCUGGCGCUCAGAGAUCACGAGAAUCGCACCUCCUUCUGGGAUCUCGUGCCGGAUCUGCAGGAGAACUAUCUGCACUUCAUUCGCCAGAGCAUGGAUCUGGGCAGAGUGCACUACGAGGCGGAGCGCACGAAGAUUGUCAACUGUGAGGAUGAGGAGCUGUCGGAGAAGAUCUCGGUGGAUGUUGUGGGCGAGCGGCUGCCCAAGCUCACGCGCGAUCAGAAGCUCUACGUGAUGAACAAUUCCCUGAUGAAGCUCGAUGUGAUCGAGAGUGUCCUGGCGAGGGUGCACGAGUGCCUGAAGAAUAACACCGUCAAACCUCCCUCCUCCACCAUAGAUGACUUCCGGGCGCGCGAAGAGGCUCGCGAGGCGCAAUUUGAGGAGACUCACCGCGCUCAGGAGGCCCAGGAUCAGGUGAAUCCCUCGCCGGAGGCCACGGAAAAUCCCGAGGAGGAGAGAGUUCGCGGUGAGAUCCUGAAGGCUGCCCUGCAAUUCGCCACGAGCGAGGGAUGGACGCGAGAGGCUAUCACGAAGGGUGCCGAGAGCGCGGGCUUUCCGGGCGUGGCGCACGGGAUGUUCCCGGACGGUGGCGUUGAGCUUAUUCAGUAUUUCUACUCGGACUGCAAUGCCAGGCUGGUGGAGUGGCUGCGCAAGGAGACGGAAGGCGUGGAGAAGGUGCCGAAUCCCACUCAAUUCGUCUGUCGUGCCAUCGAGACGCGCCUGAGGAUGCUGCAGCCGUUCCUCUCCACAUGGCCGCAGGCCAUCGGGAUUCUCUCUCUGCCGCAGAAUGCGCCCAAGGCUCUGGCCAAUCUCCUCACUCUUGCCGAUGAUAUUUGCUACUACUCAGGCGACAAAGCUGUGAAUGUGAGUCACUUUAUUUUCUGGAUUUGUGCUGUGUUCGCUAAUCCCGCGCGUGUCCUUUCGUCCUGGCAGAUUACCUGGUACACGAGACGCGUGGGCGUGGCGGGGAUCAUCAAGAUCACAGAGUUGUACAUGCUGCAGGACAAGUCGGUGGAUCAUCAGAACACUUGGAAGUUCCUGGAGAGACGCAUGGAGGACGCUGUGUUCCUGCACUCCUUCUUCACGCAGUCCGACGAGGCGAAGAGUCACAUGCAGAAAGCCAUCACGUCCGCUUUCGAGACGCGGCAGCUGCUCCACAUUGUUGAGAUUGAUCUUCUGGCGGAUGAUGAAGCGGCAGAGGUGCUGCAGCGACGUCACCUCGUAGAAGCGAUUGACGGGAAUUGUGAGGCGCACGGGGAAUGGGGGCAGCAUCUCCGAGCUGGUCUUCACGUAGCAGAAGACGCCGUUCUUGGACUUGCGCAUGGUGUCCUCGAUCAGGUCGACGAUGGACUUGUAGCGAUCGGACUCGAUGUGCCUGUUUUGAAGAAAACACAGCUCUCCUCAAAUUGGAUCCAGUUUGAUAGCCUUCCUUGGCAAGCCCUCUUAUCGCUCUUAUCAUUUCUCCGCAAUCGAGGCCAAUCGCUAUCAGCACUUGGGCACUCACCAGUAUCCAUUCCUGUAGUCGAUCCGGCUGUGGAGUGUGCAUCCGGCGCUCCGGAAGCUCAGCGUGAACUGAUACUUGUCCGUCUGCGAGUCGCGCAGCAGGAAGGAGCCGUUCAGCUGCGACGUGAGCCGCUUCUGGGCGGCAUUGCGCGACAGCGGGCCCCAAUACCAGCCGUACUUGGCCAGGACGAGGCGCUCGUUGCUCAUCACCUUGUCGCGCACCUCGUUCAUGUUCACGUAGAUGUUGCUGGUGCGCUCGGCGAGGCUCUCGGCGCCCUCGGGCUCCGGCGGCGAGGAGACGGUGUCGCUGCCGGCUAUCACAGAUGUGUCCGCGGCCGCUUCCGGCGCUGGCCGCGGCAGCGCGGGCUCCAGGGGCCCCGGCUCGAAAGUGGGCAGCGAGUAGCUCUUGCGGGAGCGCGAGAAGCGCCUCUUGAAGCGCUUCCGGAGCGUGUAGAAGAUGUUGGUGCUGUGGUAGGGCGCCUCGGGGCGCGUUGGGGCGUCACCCAGGACUUCCGGGAGGCCCUCAAAGUCACUUUGAGUUUGUGCCAAAGAGAUUGCUUUCAGCCCGCGGAAGUGCCUUUCCUCACACGCAUCUUCGCGCCCACAAUCCGCAGAGAGAUGGAGGAGAAGGAGACACCCGUGAAUCGGGACGAGGAGGAGCGCAUGCUGCAGUCCCCGUCCAAGGACCACGUUGUCCCCAGCACCGCCACGUACCAGUUCACGCCGGUGGUGGAGAAGAAGAAGACCUUCCUGGACACCCUCCUCGACAUCUUCGGCAGCUCGUCGAAGAGCGAAAGCAAAGCUAGCGAAUCCAAAAAGAAGAGAAUCACACUCUUAGCAAUUGUUCUACUCUUAAUGGGCCUUGUGAUAAGUGCCACAGGACUCUUCAUCAUGUGGUUUACGGAAAUCUACAAUGACACACUUAUAUCUAGACUAGUCUUAAAGGAAAACACACUUGCCGCCGAGUGGUGGGCAAAUCCUCCUCUGCACAGCUACUUGAAGGUGUAUGUCUUCAACUACACAAAUGUGGAUCGCUUCUUGGUUGGCACCGAUAAGAAGCUUCAUGUGGAGGAAGUUGGCCCAUAUGUUUACUACGAGAAACUCACCAAAGAACACAUUGUCUUCAAUGGGAACAACACGAUAUCGUACAGGGAGAAGCGGGUCAACAGGUACUUGCCGGAAAUGAGCACCGGAUCGGACAUGGACAAUGUGAUCGUGCCGAAUAUCCCAAUGCUGACGGCGAUGAAGAAGAUCAAGGGAAGAAAUGUGUUUGUGCAAAUGGCUCUGGAUGCAACACUAAAAAGCACCCAAUCCACGGUCUUCAAGAACCUGCCAGUGAAUGAAUUCCUCUGGGGCUACGAGGAUGGUCUCAUCAGCAUUUCAAAGGCAAUGCUUCCGAUAGAUGAACAGCCGCCGUUCGAAAAGUUUGGUCUCCUGAUAAAUAGAAACGCCACGAGUUGGGACAACUUCACAAUUCACAGUGGCGAAGGUGACAUUCGGCAAUUGGCCGUGAUUCUCAGCCUCAAUGGCAAGAAGACGGUGGACUUCUGGGCUGGUGAUGAGUGCAAUCGCAUGGGUGGCACUGAUGGAUCCCAGUUUCCGCCGCACUUCUUGCGGAAGAAGGACAAACUCGAGGUGUACAUCAAGGAUAUGUGUCGCAAAUUCCCGCUGGAGUACGAGAAGGAUGUGACGCUGUUCGAUGGUAUUCCAGCGUGGCGAUACAGAGCGCCGGACGAUGUGUUUGCCCAUCCCAGCGAAAAUGAGGAUAACAAGUGUUACUGCCACAAGCCGAUUGACGAGUGUCCCAAGUCGGGCCUCUUCAACUCCUCAGUUUGCGCCUACGGAGCUCCCAUUUACCUCUCCUUCCCGCACUUCUUCACCGGCGACGAGAGACUCCACGACAAGAUCGUGGGUCUGAAGCCUGACCCUGAGAAGCACGUCACGUACGCAGAUAUUCAUCCCAGACUCGCGUUUCCCAUCAACGGCGCCUCGAGAUUUCAGAUCAACGUGGAGGUUUUCUCGCCGACCUUUGUGUCCGGCAUUGAUCCGCUGGAGGAGGGCGACAUUCUCCCAGUUCUCUGGCUCGAAGUCAUUCCCGGCGAGUUCUCGGAUGAGCUCAUCUCGCUGAUCUUCCACAGUUCCUUCAGUGCCAAUGCUGUCCAGAUCGGCCUGAGAUACGGCUCACUUCUGCUCACGGCCACCUUCCUGGCCCUACUCAUCGGCGUCUGGUGGCACCGUGGCAAGAACUCCAAGCAAUAAUCGCCAAGACCUCAGCUAGAACCAUUUGGGCGCGCGCAUCGGCUGGAUUUGCCCGAAAAGUCCCCCCGGCAUCCGGGAGUGUGAGCUGUGAUUGCGUCCAGACCAUCUCAAUCUCACCCACAUUGGGACGAACCACCAUCCAGCCAAACAGCACGAUCAUCAUUAGGCAGAUUCCUAUCAAGCGUCACAACGAUUUGGGUGCUCUGUAGCGUACGAGGAGGAUAAUCUCUGUAAUUUCUGUUGCUAAGCCUUAGGAUUUUAUACUGAAAAUAUAUACUGUUGAUGAGAGACCA